UCCUCCCCAUCGCUUGGAUUACAACCUGACGCCUCUGGCAGAGAAAGAGAAGGAGGAGAAAGCAAGAGCCCGAGGUUGGGGAAAAGGAGCGGCUCCGGCGAAGAGGAGGAGGAGGAGGAAGAUCAGCCUCUUUUGGGGACCGCCCCAGCUCUGGAAGCCGCCCAAGGGCCGGCACACGCGGAGGAAAUGUGUCGCGCGUGGGGAGGAGAGCCGGCCAGAGGGCGGCGGUGCGCCUCGUCGGGGAGGUGAGAGCCUUGGCUUCGGAGGAGAAAGGGGGAAAAGUUGUGCCCAAGGAGUCGCUGCGUUUGCCUGCCUGCCUGCCUUUCCCUCCCGAUCCAAGGAAGAGACGCCGCUUUGGAGACGCACUGGAGGCUUCCCGAGAGAGAGAGGAGAGAUACCCACUAGAAGAAGAAAACAGAACAAGAAAACAGAGGAAUCAUCCAGCAUGAAUGCAAGAAUAACACCUAGAGAUAUGGCAGGAAUGAGAACUUUCAAAAUGCAACAUAUAUUUACUAUGCUAGCUUUUGGAAUGCUACUUGUGCCCGUCACUGGAACUUCAAAACAAAAUGUCCCAAGACUUAAGCUCUCCUACAAAGACUUGCUGCUUUCCAACAGCUGUGUCCCAUUCCUGGGCUCAGCAGAGGGGAUGGAUUUUCGGACCCUGCUGCUCGAUGAAGAAAGGGGUCGGCUGCUAUUCGGCGCUAAAGACCACAUUUUUCUGCUCAGCUUGGUUGACUUAAACAAAAAUGUAAAAAAGAUAUUUUGGCCAGCGGCAAAGGAGAAGGUGGAUCUGUGUAAACUAGCUGGAAAAGAUGCCCAUACAGAAUGUGCCAACUUCAUUCGAGUCCUCCAGCCUUACAACAGGACUCAUGUUUAUGUCUGCGGUACAGGAGCUUUCCACCCAGUCUGUGGCUACAUAGAGCUUGGAACACACAAAGAGGACGUAGUGUUCAGAUUUGAUGCUCAGAACUUGGAGUCUGGUAGACUGAAAUGUCCUUUUGAUCCUCAGCAGCCUUUUGCAUCUGUCAUGGCAGAUGAAUACCUGUAUUCUGGGACGGCCUCUGAUUUCCUUGGCAAGGAUACAGCUUUAACACGUUCCCUAGGUUCAUCUCAAGACCACCAUUACAUCAGGACUGAUAUUUCUGAACAUUAUUGGCUCAGUGGAGCGAAGUUUAUUGGAAUCUUCCCAAUUCCGGAUACAUACAACCCAGAUGAUGACAAAAUCUAUUUCUUUUUCCGAGAAGUUUCACAGGAUAGCAGCACCUCUGACAAAACCAUUCUUUCCCGGGUCGGCCGAGUCUGUAAGAAUGACAUGGGAGGUCAACGUAGCCUGAUAAACAAGUGGACAACAUUCCUGAAAGCAAGACUAGUUUGCUCAAUUCCUGGCCCAGAAGGAGCAGAUACACAUUUUGAUGAACUGCAGGAUAUUUUUCUACUUCCCACACGAGAUGAAAGAAAUCCUAUGGUGUAUGGCGUCUUCACCACUACAAGCUCUGUAUUCAAGGGCUCGGCAAUUUGUGUGUACAGCAUGGUUGACAUUCGAGCAGUUUUCAAUGGACAUUAUGCCCAUAAGGAGAGUGCCGACCAUCGCUGGGUCCAAUACGAUGGACGAAUACCAUACCCUAGGCCUGGUACGUGUCCCAGCAAAACAUAUGACCCCUUGAUCAAGUCCACCAGAGAUUUUCCUGAUGAUGUCAUUAGCUUCAUAAAACGCCAUCCAGUGAUGCACAAAUCAGUCUAUCCAGUGACCGGUGCCCCCGUGUUUACUCAAAUCAAUGUGGACUACAGACUGACUCAAAUUGUGGUGGAUCGUGUUAUGGCUGAAGAUGGGCAGUAUGAUGUCAUGUUCCUUGGGACAGAUGUUGGAACAGUACUGAAAGUUUUGAGCAUAACAAAAGAGAAGUGGGACAUGGAGGAGGUGGUACUCGAGGAGUUACAGAUAUUCAAGCACCCAUCACCUAUCUUGACUAUGGAGAUGUCUCCAAAGCAGCAACAAUUAUACAUUGGGUCCAGAGAUGGAUUGGCUCAGCUCUCACUACACAGAUGUCAUACGUAUGGGAAGGCUUGUGCAGAUUGUUGCCUUGCCAGAGACCCAUACUGUGCUUGGGAUGGAAAUUCAUGUUCCAGAUAUACACCGACAUCUAAAAGACGUGCAAGGAGACAAGAUGUCAAAUAUGGAGACCCCGUCACCCAAUGCUGGGAUGUGGAGGAAAGCAUUAGUCAUGAAACCACAGAUGAAAAGGUGAUUUUUGGCAUUGAAUUUAAUUCAACGUUUCUGGAAUGUAUUCCGAAGUCUCAACAAGCAUCCAUUAGGUGGUUUCUUCAACGAUCUGGAGAAGAACACAGGGAAGAGGUGAAGCCUGAUGAAAGAAUCAUCAAGACAGAAUAUGGACUGUUGAUUCGCAGCUUGCAAAGAAAGGACACAGGAGCGUAUUAUUGUAAAGCCCAAGAACAUACAUUUGUCCAAACCAUAAUGAAAUUAAAUCUAAAUGUCAUUGAGAACGGACAGAUGGAAAACUCUCAGAAAACAGACGAUGAAGAAGGACGGUCACGGGAUCUGCAAGUUGAGUCCCAACUGAGGUACAAAGAUUAUAUCCAGCUUCUCAGCAGUCCCAGCUUCAGUCUGGAUGAAUACUGUGAGCAGAUGUGGCAUCGGGAAAAGAAACGGCAGCGUAACAAAGGUGGACCAAAAUGGAAACACGUCCAAGAAAUAAAGAAAAAACGAAACAGGAGGCAUCACCAACCUGCAAGCCCACACACUAGGGCUGAGUCUAGAUAGUUUGCAUAUUUUAUUUAAAAAGAGGACUUGUUUGAAAGUGAAAAAAAUACUUUUGUUCCAUUUUAUGGAUCCUUCCUAUCGAUGUUGCUUCUCAAAAAGACCCACUAAUGCACAGUCCUUAAUAUAUAUGAGACUCCCAUGAAAGAGUACACUAUCACUUGGAAGUUUUCAAAGAAUCUGUAUGCUGUUCAGUAGCUUUUAGAUUGGGUUGAGAUCACUCUGUUCACAUCUCAGGCUCUGAAGAGUUAGUUUAUGUAAAGUUUUGAAAGGUAUUUUCCCCUGUUGUAAAAACAUAGGCCAUGCAUGAACUCAAUAGCUGGUGAGAAACAUCUACAUUUGAAAGUAGGUUGGAUGUAGUAACAAAAUGUAUGAGGGUCCAUUAAAAAAGAAAGCUAAAACUAUAGACAAAAGGUAUUGUUGAAGGCUUUCAUGGCCGGAAUCACUGGGUUGUUGUAGGUUUUUCCGGGCUAUAUGGCCAUGUUCUUGAGGCAUUUUCUCCUGACGUUUCGCCUGCAUCUAUAGCAAGCAUCCUC